UCUUCGUGCAGCAUCCCUCGUCAGUUGCAAGUCAGGAACUAUCGCGGCCGCGUGGCGCCCGCGCACCGGUGUCGCCAGUAGUUUUGUCGAUUUCGAGCGCUCCCGCGGUUUCGGCCGAUCGACGCGCGACCGAUACCAAAGUAAACCGGCCGAGUACUCGCGAACACCCCGACUUGGUGUUCUUCCGCCGAUGUUGCCGGCGCGCGCUCGCGCGUUUCCACGUUUCCGUUCGCGCGAAUAGUUUUUCUCUCUUCUCUUUUUUAUGGGAGACCGCGGAAACGGAAACGCCGCGGUACCGAUCGGCGAGCGGGGGUACAUGUAGACAGAAGGCGUGACGUGCACGUUACAGUGACACAGAGGAUCUCUCACACGGCAGAAUGGAUAAAGACUCUCGCCGGAAGUAUAAAAAAAUGCGAUGUGGUCUGCUUCACCUGCUGCUGAUAGUGGGGGGUGCAACAGGUUUGAAAGAUCUGACGAUAAAUGUACCAACCAUGGUGAGAUCAGGCGAUACCGUAACAUUGUCAUGUCAUUACGAUCUGGAAGGCUUACCUUUGUACACUAUACAAUGGUUUUUCAAUGAUCAUGAAUUUUAUCGCUUUAUACCCGACCGCAGACCACCAUCGCCGCCCUAUAGCACUUUCGACGUAGCUGGUAUACAAGUUAACGUCUCCAAAUCGAACUCGCACGACGUAACAUUGGUGGACGUGUCCAGGGAGCUUACCGGGACUUACAAGUGCGAGGUGUCUGCGGGCAGCCCUUCCUACCACACUAUGAUCGAAAGGGCCAGGAUGGAAGUAGUCGACGCCCCAAAAACGGAUCCUGCGAUUCGUACCGAGAAGGAGCGCAUAACGGUGGGCGAGACACUACGGGCGAACUGCACCUCAGGCAAAUCCCGGCCCGCCCCCGCCGUUACAUGGAAGCUCAACGGUGAAGUCAUCAUAGAGAAUAAUGGGCCAUAUAAAAUACGGCAUCGUGAAAGUGUUCACGAAAACGAAUCACUAUCUGUAAGCUCGCUGAUCGAGUUUAAAGUGACAAACAGUAUGUUUCGUAAAGGACACUUACAUUUGCGCUGCACGGUCUCCAUUUCAGACGUUUAUCGGAAAUCGGCGGACAUCGAAAUCUCUGAGGACACGCCGCGUAUCGCAUCGAUCACCGGCGAAUCACCGCCGUACGGUCACGGAGCGAACGGAUGCCCCGGACGGAAUUGGCCCUGGAAUGGUAAUCGUGGCGCGGCGAUAAUAAUGGCUAUCAUGGCGGCCACCCUGUUCCUGAUGAUGACAUCGCUGACGAUGACGGUACCCCCGAUAACGAAUGUACUAUCGAGGUGCGAGCCGACGGUUAGCAGGUAGCUCGCGGGCAUCCUCCAUGAAGAUAUCGCUACCAUUGUCUGAUCCGAUUACGUCGUCCAUGUAAAACCUAGUAGUCUAGGGCUUCCAGUUAUAUAUGUUACUAUGUAUAGAAUAGAUAGUCGAAUAACGAUGAUUUUUAUUCUUGAGGAGCCUAAAUGAAAUGGGGAGGAAUUGGUGAAACGCUGGCGGAUCGGCACGGGGCUACGCGUAAUUCAUAAUAUACCGUUACUUUCGAAUGUUGUCUUUCGAUGUAAAUUGUUGAUCAUUAAUAAGGAAGCGGAAAAAACUGACAUAAGGAAAUAUUAAACAGCGUCCGUGUAUCGAGACAUAGGCAAUAUGGUUACUGAAAGCAACAAGGUGAACGUGAAAUUGUUACCGAAGAAUCAACUUCGUGAGCGAUCAAGAUUAGAGGGUGGCACAAAUGUUUCAAUAUAACUGAGGAGAAGAAGAUAAUAAUGUGAUUUGAUUUUCGUUUACGUUUUAAUUUUAAUUUUCUGACGGGACACACACGUCCGUUUCUGUAAGCGCGAUAUUUAUUAGUGAUCGGAGUGUUCACCAAGUGUCAAAUAUAGAUUAUACAGGGGUAACUAUAUGAUAAUUGAUAUGAUAACGUUAGCGCAGUAACGAGCGGCGUUCUGCUCAAUAUUCGCUCCUUUUAUGAUGUCUAACAGAAAACGCAUCAUAGGUACUGAUUUGUAAUCUGUACAAAUUGUAAUAAAUUAUAAUACGAACCGUAAA